CCUUUGCACUGGUAUAAAUCUCAAGGGCAUUCAGGCUGACAAUAUGAGAAAUGUUGUUCCCCCAUCUUCUCGCUCAUCAUCAAACUAUGUUGCCCUCCGGUUUUGUGACUUCAAUCCAGACUAUAAAGGACAUGCAUUUCAUGUGAAAGCAAGCAGCUGUCGCUACAUGGUUGUAUACCAGUAUGGCUCUGCUGUUUUGUUUAACAUUGAGGAUCAUGAAGUGGAAGUUUACCUAGAUCUAGUUAAGAGGCAUGCAUCUACUUUACUUCCAGAGAUGCGGAAAGAUGAUUAUGCAGUAAAGGAAAAGCCACUAUUAGUUGAAGACAUGCAAGGAGGCCCAGACUACAUAGUUCUAAAAUCUUUGGAUACUGAUGGCAUCCGUAUAAUUGGAAGUGUACUGGGACAAAGCAUUGCUCUUGAUUAUUUUGUGUCGCAGGUUGAUGGCUUAGUUGAAGAGUUUGCCGGCAUAAAUCGUGGAAUGGAGAAAACUGGGACUUUCACUAUGGAUAAGAAGAAGCUUCUACAGCUGGUUGGGAAAGCUAACUCGCACUUAGCUGAUGUGAUUCUUAAAGUCGGUCUCUUUGAGAGAUCAGAAAUUGCUUGGAGAGAUGCGAAGUAUGCACAAAUAUACGAAUAUUUACGGGAGGAGUAUGAAGUUGCUCAACGCUUUGGAAACCUGGAUUUCAAAUUGAAAUUUGUCGAGCACAAUAUUCAUUUUCUCCAAGAAGUUCUCCAGAACAGGAAGUCAGAUUUCUUGGAAUGGUGCAUUAUUGGCCUAUUGACGAUUGAAAAUGUUAUAUCUUUUUAUGAGAUUCUUCGAGAGUCAAAUACAAUCUCUUAGUAACUAGUGAAGGAGAUUGAAGCUAUAGAUUAAUUUUUUGUAACAAUACUUCCAAUUUUUUAUCUAAUAAAAUAUUUUCACCUAUUUGUAUAUGGUAGAAGAAGAUCCACAUACACCCCCCACCCCAAAGAAAAAACCAAUAAAAUAGAGGUUCAGUUCAUUGAGAAAAUCUGAAACUUGUAUAUUUUGAGAAUAUGAUGAUCCAACAAAAUAAAAGAUAUAUUGUUAUGA